GGGGAACUGUUUGUCACGACAAGAUCAAACAACACCACCAAAAUGGCACCUUCAGCUGAUGCCACGGUGCCCGCAACGCGGCGCACGCGCAAGUCUAUUAGUUCGCAUACUGACAUGCGAAGGGCAAUGGAGAAAGAGAAUGCGACAGUCGACGUCACUAGCACGCUGGCUGCCAGUCGCAAGAAAUCAAGAAGCAAGAGUCUUGGCCCUGGAGGACUCGAUGCUCUGAGGCAAGGUAGCGGUAAUCGUCGCGCAUCUUUAGCAGCGCCCGCGAAACCCCCGCGCUCGAUCCUCAAACCAACUAUUUCUUCGCUCCCCGAGAUCCCACCGAUGAAACCCAAGCAGGCAGACUUGAUAGAUUUUAGCGAACCGUCGAAAGAAACAACCCUCGCCAAGCCAGCAGCUGGGGAGCCCAAUGGCUCAAAGGUUGCUGUUCGGACGGAGGAGGAGCAACAGGCCGCUGCCAGGGACCGAGAGGAGCGAGAUCGCCGCGAUGCUCGUCGCAAGUCCCUAGCCAACCGAAGAGUAUCAUUUGCUGCCGAGGCGACGCUUCACACAUUUCAUGAAAUUGAGCACAUGCCAGACCAGACGAAUGCAGGGAAACGAAAUGCUGGCCGUGGCCAGUCACAAAAUGCCCCCGAGCCUGCCAACAACGAGGAAGAGCUUCAUCAAAGAAAGCAACGCCGGAGCUCAGGGCUUCCGGCUCUCAACUUUCACGACUCGGAUGACGACACCAACACCUCGACUAUUUACAGCGAUGACUCCGAGCUUGCGGACGCGGUGGAAGAUGUCGAAGAUGAGGGCUCAAGCAGCGACUCCGACGACGGAACUAUGAUGACUAUCGAUGGGGAAGAGGUUACUGGCACCACAGUUGCAUCAGACAGAUCCGUUGACGAAACCGGAGAUUCUUCGACCCUUGACGCAGCCCUCAGACUUGCAGCACGGACAGCUGGAAACCAGCGUUUGGGAGAUGACGAGAGUGAAGAAGACGAUGGAGAAGAGUUUAUCCCCUCCUUUGGAUGGGGGGGCCAAGGCAGCAAGCCGAAUUCUGCAGUCCAAGACCAAGAAAACAAGUCCUCUCAACCACACUCUCAACCACACUCUCAACCACACUCUCAACCACAGCAAUCGCAACCCCACCAACCGGCCAAUGACGAUACGGACAUGGACAUGGACAUGGACAUGGUCAUGGAUGAGACCCGAGCUGUUGGCGGCAUCAUUAGGUCUGCGGUAGCUCAAGAACUUGAACCCGAGGAGGAAAUGUCCAUGGAUGUCACUCGUGUACUUGGCGGCAUUCUCCCCCAACUCCGGACCGAGAAGCAGCAACACCCUAUGGUGGAAGACGAAGACGACGAUGCCCCGAUGGAAGAGGCAACUAUGGAGUUCACUACCGCCAUUGGCGGCAUCCACCGGCAUCCACCUGACGAAGAUGAUGAAUCGGAAGACAACGAGGACAUGUCUAUGGAGCUCACAACUGUUAUGGGUGGCGUGUUGUCACAGCAAAAGAGGACAAGCAUAGCGGCUACCCGAAGAAGGACGAUCAAUCGAACCAAAAAUCUUGCGAUGGACGAAACUGCAAUGGAUAUGGACAUGGACAUGACCGUUGGCGUCGGUCGAAUCAUCUCUGCAACUCUUGAUAACGAGGGCAAUGACGAUGACGAUGAAGAUGACGAAGCGGACGCUACAAUGGGAAUGGAAAUGACGACGGCUAUCGGCGGCAUUCUCAACAAUGGAGCGAAUGGCUCACGAAACCUUGGGAAGCAGAUCAUGGAGCAAGAAGCUGAUAUGCCUGAUAGCCCUGUCAAGGCGGUUAUAGCUACGGUGAACCAGACCUCGCCUGCUAAGCAGCUAGCAGCCCAGAAUACACUUGAGGCUUCGCCAGAGACAAUCAGCCCUGGCCUCUCAGCCUUCCAUGGGAAUGGAUUGCGACGCAGUGUUGGCCCUCAAGUCUCAACACAACAACAGUCUCCUGAGAUACUCCGAACCCCGUCUCCCGCGAAAUUCUCUGUGACAUCACAAUCAGGGGCACGAAAGACCAAGACUCCAACACCUGUCAAGCCUUCAACGCCUCGGGUCAGCUCAGCUUCCUCGACCAAGAUUACCCCGAGGGCCUCGAUGAGAAAUUCGCGGUCUGCAUCUCCGAAGCGACCAUCUCCUGCAAAGUCGAAUACCAGAACACCUUCACCAGUAAAAUCUGCCCAGAGAAAGAAGAGUCUUUUCCAGGAAGAUCUCAUGACAGGCAACAAAACACCGACGGUCGUUUUGACCCCUCAAACUCGGAGACUUUCUGGAGUUGGUGCCGAUCGAGCUGGCCUGGGAUCUCCGCAGGUUGCCGCGUUGUUUGACCGAAGAGGCUCAAUUGGAGACAUGGCCAGCACGUUUGUUCCUGGGCGGAAGGGGGUCUCAUUCCAGAACCCUCAGGAAAUGGUGGACGAACUGGAAAAAGAGCGCCAAGAUGAAGAGGACAAAGAAAAUCGACGCAGAAUCCUUGAACGCGAAGCCGAUGGGGAAGCUACUCUCAACCUCAGAGAGAUGAUUGAUAGUAUGAGUCCUAAGCGACACCCGCUGAAAGGCCGCAAGAGUCUUCACGUUGGCAGUGCUAAGGGAAUCCUUGGAAAGCGACCAAACGAGCUUGACGACGAAGACGAGGCAGAGGAAAAUGACGGCAUCAAGAGGCUUAAGGGGCAUCAGAGCAGCCCGGUGAAGAACGUCAAACUGAAGCAGCCGCCUUCCAAAGCUGAGACGACCGGCCGACUCACGACAUCACUUCGAAAGAGUUUCCAGCCAAAUUUCAACAGCUCUACACCAACCCUAUCUUCUCCUCAACGAUCUAGCCCAGCCACGACUCCCAAGAACCAGGGCCGUUUCAAGGAUAUCCAAGACGACCACACCAGUCACUCAGUAAACUUUGCGGACUCAACGGUGAAGGAUGCUGCUCAGCUCGAAGACGAAGCCGAUGGGGAGCGUAUUCACCUCCAAGACUUCCUCAACAUGACUUCCAUCCGGUUUAUGGAAUUGACCACCACGAAGCGCCGCCAUACCACCGUCCCUGGAACCCUACAGUCCGGCUUUUCCGCCGAAGGCGAGGACGAUUUAUCUCUUCAACGAUGUGUUGUGGCUGGUGCUUGCACGGUGCCCAUGUUGGAGCUGUACCAGCACUCUUGCCGGGAGCUGAAAAAAUACAUCUCUGAAGGGCGACGGAUGGUCAAGGAGAUUGAGACUGACACGUUCGAGGAGAACCCGACCCUGUUUAAGGAGUACAUGGCCGCUACGCCCGAAGUGAAAGCUCUUAUGGACAACCAGUUCAAGAACGUCAAGACCCACGCCCGACUUCUGAGCAAGGCCAUGUGGUACGAGUGGCGCAUGAAACUUCAAGAUGGACUCAAGGACGGCCUCGUGAGGAUUGAUGAAGGUAUGGAGGUCGAUCAAGAGUGCCUCGAGAAGCAGAAGGCUCUUCUUGACUCUGUUAUGCCUGCCCUCCAGACUCGCUACAAUGCGCUUGUGGAGGAAAGCAACAACCUCGAAGAGGUCGCACAAGAACUAGCUGAUUGCGAUCCGUCCGAACUCGAGGCUGCGCGUGAGGAGCUGUCUUCUCUAGAUGACGACAUCGAACACAAGAAGAAGCUUAUUGCUCAGCUUCACGAGCAGUUCAAGGCAUCAGAGGCUGAUAUCGAAACUUUGACGGCCCAGAAGCAGCAGUGCCUCGGGGAUAUCAAAGAGUCCGAGACCAUUCGCGAGGAGUGUCGCGGCUGGACUAGCACAGAGGUCAACAGCCUCAAAGCCCGCGCCGAUGUAAUUGAGAAAGAGCAUGGCUGGUCUGUGACUGGGAUAUCUGGCACGACAUUGUCCAUGGCGUACAAGCGCGAAAUCGAGAUUGUUUUUGACAUUGCAGCCUUCCGAACUCAUAAGCCCAACUCGAGAAUCGACCUCUGGUACAUCGCCGACGCAAGGGAGCGUGACCCGCUUCCCAAGACGAUCGAGAAGGAAUUUUUCCUCCAAUGCAUCCGUGAUCAUAUUCGGGCACUACCACAGAGUCGCACAGAGACCUCUCAUCUGCUUAACAUGGUCCGACUUGCUUGGGACAAGGCUAGCUGGGUUUCGUCUCAGAUCAGCCGCCUCAACGUCACAUUCCCCACAACGGUCAAGAAGACAUCUGAUUCCAAUGUGGCGAUGUCGACUUCUUUGUUACUGGUCCCCCUUGAGACUCGGGUAGAAGCUACGUUGAACCUGAGCGGCCAAAGUGGACCCGACGGUCUCGAGAUUGUAAUUACUCCCGAGACCAAGGUUGUGUACGGGGAACAUUUCAAUGUGUCAAAAGUGAGUGAGUUCUUGACCACAAGGAUUGGUAAACACGUCGGCGCAGGAGAGGAAGAGUGGAGCGACGUAAUGGUUGAGUUGCACGGAAGGUUGAUUGCCAGGGGUCGGAAGUAGGAAUUUUUUUUUGGAUUCAAUAGGACAAUGAGUUACGACGGGCUUGGGAACACGUCUGAAGGAGGCAACGGCGUUGGUUGGAAGAAAGAUACCUUGUUUGUAUACGUAAGGGAUUCAGUCAGCUCUUUGUUGACUGUACUGAAUAUCAUGAACACGACCUUGUCCUUUAUAGGGCUGAAACUUGAUUGCGCCGUUUGCUGUCUGGUGUUUGUCCCUGGUCUAACAUGGAAUUGGGCUCAGGCCAUGCAUG